GCGCGCAAGAGAGAGAGAGAGAUGGAGAGAGGCAGGGAGGGAGAGCGCACGAACAGUGUUGCCGUUACUGUCAGCUGUGGAACGGUUCAGUCAUCAAUGGACAGGGUACACACGUAGCAUAGCCUCUUUCAAUGUGCCUUUAUUUCUGCUAUGAAACGGAGGGAAGUAUAAUCAAAUCCGGUUACCUAGUUUCGCUUUCAUCGUUUAAAUUGCAGAUUGAAAUGGAGACAACGUUGUGUUAGCGCGCGCUAUUGAUUAGACUCCAAUAGGCUUUAUUCCUUGCGGAAUAUUUGUUUGAUCUCAACCAUAUAUUAACAAUGAUGGAGUAUUGGAGGCAGUGCGCAUUAUGGCUGAUCAACUGCAAGGUGCUACCACCCAACCAUCGGGUAACAUGGGAGUCCGCCCAGGUAUUCGACUUGGCUCAGACACUCCGAGAUGGAGUGCUCCUGUGUCAGCUUCUCAACAACCUUCGACCCCAGUCCAUCAACCUCAAAGAGAUUAAUCUCAGACCGCAGAUGUCACAGUUCCUGUGCUUGAAGAACAUCAGGACAUUUCUCUCCGCCUGCUAUGAGAUAUUUGGCAUGAAGAAGAGUGAACUCUUUGAGGCCUUCGACUUGUUUGAUGUGCGGGACUUUGGAAAGGUUAUGGACACAUUGUCCAAACUGUCCCACACCACGAUUUCAGAACAAACCGGAAUAAAGGCUUUUCCUUCAGAGGAGAGUCUAGAAGAAGAUGAGGACAUCUAUAACCACCUAGAAGACUUGAUUGAUGAGAAAGGUGUGGAGGACGAGGAGGAUCUUUAUGACUGUGUCUAUGAUGAUGAAGACGGAGGAGAGAUCUAUGAAGAUCUGAUGAAGGCUGAAGCCGUCCGUCCUCCUCUGAAGCAGGUAGAGACAGACAUCAGGAGCUGCUGUCUGACAGAGAUCAAGCAGACUGAGGAGAAGUACACAGAGACUCUGGACUCCAUAGAGAAGUAUUUUAUGGCACCUCUUACGACAUUCCUGUCCUCAGAGGAGAUGAAGAAAGUGUUUGUCAACAUUCCGGACCUGGUUAAGGUUCACAAGAGUCUCAUGGUGGAGAUCCAAGACUCUGUCCGCCAUAAAAGUGCUCAGAACAUCUACCAGAUCUUCAUCCACUACAAAGAGAGAUUGCUAAUAUAUGGGAAAUACUGUAGCCAUGUAGAAACAGCCAUCGUUGCUUUGGAUGACAUCUGCAAACACAGAGAGGACAUCCGGAUGAAGCUGGAGGAAUGUGCAAAGAGAGCCAACUAUGGAAAGUUUACACUGAGGGAUCUGCUAGUGGUCCCUAUGCAGCGGGUACUCAAGUAUCAUCUUCUUCUACAGGAAUUAGUGAAACACACUCACGAUGCGGCUGACAAGAGCAAUUUGCGGCUGGCGCUGGAUGCCAUGAAGGACCUGGCUCAGUACGUCAAUGAAGUGAAGAGAGACAACGAGACUCUGAGAGACAUAGCCCAGUAUCAGAAAUCCAUCGAAAACCUUAAUCAGUCUCUUAGUACCUAUGGGAGACCAAAAGGAGACGGAGAGGUACGCGUUACCUCAAUCGACAAACGUGCCAAACAGGACCGGCACAUCUUCCUGUUCGAUGCUGCUGUGAUCGUCUGUAAGAGGAGAGGAGACAACUAUGAGAUGAAGGAGGUGAUCGACCUGCACCACUUCAAGAUCACCAACAACCCCACGUCAGAUAAGGAGAACAGGAAGUGGUCCUAUGGGUUUUACCUGACACACAACCAGGGGCAGAGUGGCUUCGAGUUGUUCUUCAAAACCAAGGAGCUGAAGAAGAAAUGGCUGGAGCAGUUUGGCAUGGCCAUAUCCAACAUACGUCCAGAGAAUGGCACCAGUAACUUCCAUGAGUUCAAGAUGCACACCUUCGACAGAAUUACAUCCUGUAGCUACUGCCACAUGCUGCUAAGGGGUAUCUUUAACCAGGGGUACCUUUGCUCCAAGUGUGGUGUUGGAGCCCAUAAGGAAUGUCUGGGGAGGUUUGGCAGCUGUGGAAAAACAGAUCCGGGCUCCUUCAGAACUCAGGAAAAAUCAGGGCAAGGACAGCGCUCAGAUCCAGGGUUACCUAAGAUGUUGGUGACCAGGAACUAUUUUGGCGUGCCAAGUCCCAUAUGUGGCCCGCCCCUCAACAUCCAGCAAGGUGACAUCAUCGAGCUGGUCUGUGCCGAUCUACACAGCUCCUGGUGGCAGGGCAAAAUUCUGGCGACGAGAGAGGUCGGCUUCUUUCCAAGUGAUGCCGUGAAGCCGUGUCCAUGUGUCCCCAAACCUGUCGACUACUCCACACAACCUUGGUUUGCUGGGCCCAUGGAGAGACUUCAGGCUGAGGCAGAGCUGAUCAACAGAGGGAACAGCACCUACCUGGUCCGCCACCGGAGCCGCGAGUUCACAGAGUAUGCCAUCAGCAUCAAGUACAGCAAUGACGUGAAGCACAUCAAGAUCCUGACCAGAGAUGCCUGCUUCCACAUCGCAGAGAACAAGAAGUUCAGGAGUAUAUUAGAACUAAUUGAGUACUACAAACACCAUUCAUUGAGGGAAGGCUUCAGAAGCCUGGACACCACACUGCAGUUCCCCUACAGAGAGCAGGAGA